UUACAAUGCUUUGAAGAAGUUGUACGAUACUCCGUGACGAAGUGUCGGGUUUUAUAUUAUUUUCUUAUCAUUAGUAUUCUAAUUACUUCUAUAUUUUGACAUUUACUCUAUUGAGAGUAGUUAUGUUCCUGAUCGCUGACCCGAAAAAUAAAGGAACUGGGAAAAACUGCGCCAUGUUUAGGACAUCGUGCAGGGUUAGCUGACGGGCGGGGCUUUAAGGAUGGCAGUCCUGACAACUUGGACCUGGGUCUGCUUGGCUGGAGGGGCCGUGUUGUGCAUUGGACUGACCUCUUCUAUCUUCCGUAGACGGAAAAGACUGUCUGUUCCAAGAAAUGUUGUGGUUGUCCAUCACUUCUUUGGGAGAGGCUGGACAGUGCCCAGCAAGUCGCCCUUCCCCAUGAAACUGGAAACAUUUCUACGCAUGACCAAAACACCAUAUAUGAAUGACCACAGUGGACAAAUGUCCAAGAAAGGGAAGACACCAUGGAUUGAAUUCAACGACAUACAAGUGGCGGAUUCUCAGUUUUGUAUAGAUUUCAUCAAAAAGAAAAGAGGCAUGGAUCUAAAUACUGCACUAAGUGUGGAACAGAGGAGCAUAGCAAGAGCCUUCUUGAAAUUGAUUGAGGAAAACUUUUAUUGGACGAUGUGCAUUGAACUGUUUUGUAAUAAAGAGAAUAUACCAUUGUUGAAAAGAUCAGCCCCACUGAAGGGACCUGGUUUCUGGUUGUACUACUGGUUUGUAAGACGUGCCAUACAAAGCGCCACCUGGGGACACGGCAUUGGACGUCAUAGUGUGGAGGAAGUCUGGUGCAUAGCUCAAAGUGAUAUCGAGGCUCUAUCAAACUUUCUGGGUGACAAGAAGUACUUUAUGGGAGAUGACCCCAGUGAAAUAGACUGUUCAUUGUUUGGAAUGCUGACAUUUUUGCUGGUGUCCAUGCAAGGAACACGAUAUGAAGCAUUUACUAAAGAACAUCAUCCCAACCUUGUGAGUUACUUCCAGAGAAUGAAGGUAACUUAUUGGCCAGACUGGGACACCCUGACUACAUCCAGUGACAAGUUCACAAACGAUCACGGCAAAUUAUACUUCACAGAAAAUAUUCCUGAAUGAUACAUACCAAUGAAAUAACUGCAGUGUAAUAUUGCAUCAUAAAACAACCCCUUUAAUCUCUGUGCAAAAUUUUAAUAAAGAAAAGGUUUUUUUGCAUGUGGA